AUGAAAUCGAUACUCCCGCAAUUCCUGUCUCUUUGCGCUGCACUCGCUGUCCUUGGCAAGACCAACUCCGCACAGCAAGAUCUGCUCGUCGGCGAGGACGGUAUGGUCCGAAAAGAUAGAGUCUCCGGCCACAACGAUGCCGUAUACGACAUCGUGCCCAAGGAAGACCAGAUAUGGAAAAUCGAGUUCCUCGAGAUUGCCCCGACGCCCAUUAUCGCUGACCGUGCCUUCUUCGUUUACCUGGGCGGUUAUCUACCUGAAUCUAAAAAGAAGGAGCUAGCACUUCCCGACGAGGGCCUCGUCAAUGCGACCCUCACUGUGAGCUUGUCUGCCGUCUACGCGGAUGGUAGUUACGCCGACGAAACAUCCUAUACAGUUCCGUUGAAGACUACACCCUUCGGUGAUCUUGCCCACCUCGGUAUUCGCGAUUCCCGUGGAGUUCAGGUCGAAUAUAUGCCUAGCAGCGAUGACGGUGACAUUUUGGUAGAUUUUCAGAUUCUGCACAUAGGUGUUUUUGAGGAGCGAUGGGAGGCUCCAUUAAAUAUUGAUGAAUAUCAUGCAACCUAG